AUGUCGCUCGUUAAAUCAAUAACAUCGACGAAGCAGUCAAACAAAUUGAUUAAGGGGAUUUUAUUCACACUUGUGUUGAUGAAUUUGAUUUAUUUCACAUUAGUCAUUCAUAAUAACAACAAAGAAAGCAUUUCUCUCAUUGCUUCGAAGUUGAGUUCCCCUGCUAAUAACAAAGACCAAUCAAUAUCAAACACUGCUGAUGAUGAACUAUUGUCUUCUUCAAAACAACAACAGCAAGAUACUCACGAAUCUGUCCUUGAAGAACAUGAAAAGGAACAACAGAAACAGCAACAACAACAACAGCAACAAUCACUUUCAGACGAAGAUAUCCAAUUCAAAAAAUUAGUUGAUGUUAAAUUGAAUUCAAUUAAAAAAAAUCAAGACAAAUAUUACAUGACCGAUACUGAUUUGCAUGAAACUAAAAUCAAUGUUCCAAUCAAACAAUUCUUAAGGAAAUAUGAAAGCUCAGAAUCAUGGAUUAACAAAAAUGAAUUAUAUUAUGAUCCAAGAUUCACAUUAUCAAUAUACUUGAAUGAAUUAUACAUGCAAUAUCUAGAAAUGAGUGAUGAACAGUUGAUUGAUGCUAAUGAUAAUCAGCAUUUAAUUGGUGGGAAAAUAAAUUCUAAUGAAUUGCCAGAAAUUAGUUUACCUUUUAAUUGGGUUGAUUGGAUUGAUUUGACUAUGUUAAAUAAAGAAUUAUCUAAACCAAUGGAUCAACGACUUAAAUGCCAUGAUAUUCAAGAAAAUAGCCAUUCAAGACCCGACACAUCUUAUUUCUGUACUGAUAAUGAAGAUAUAAGUGAAGAAACUUUUCAACAAUUUUUCAAAAUGGGAUACAAAUAUAAGACCCAGUUUCCUGGUUUUAUAAUCAAUGAUCACGAAAGACACGAACAUUAUUGUGAUAAUGAUUAUCGUGUAAUGCAAGCUAAAGCAUAUACCAUGACACAUUUAGUGAACCCACUUAAAGUUAUUAUUUUGGGUGAUGAUAAAAAGGAUAGUAAUGGUGGUACAUUUGAGUUUAACGUUGAUAAUUCAAAUACCCGUUUGACAAGUAGUAAAUUGAUCGAUAGAUAUAUGGAAACCCAUGGCUAUUACACUCAUAAACAAGAUUCAAAUGUUGAUAUUGUUCGUAAUGGGAAAAGAUUCUUUUUCGAUUCUUCAGAAGAUCAAAAUGAAGUCCCUGAUACUAUUGAAAUGGAUUAUUUAUCAAUUUGGAAUAAAUUAAAUGAAAAAGUUGUUCCUAAAUAUUUAUCCCCCAAUGAAACUGGAUACAACAACUUUUUGAAUAUGAGAGAUAAAAAUGUGAUGGUUUUACAAGAAUCAAAAUUUAUGGAACCACCAUCAAUUGCAUCACAAAUUCAACAAUAUACUGGGAAACCAGAAGCUGAAUUGUCACCACAAGAAAAAUUGUAUUUGCAAGGAUUACAAGAAUGUUCCAAAUAUACUGACAAAAAUGAAAUUAGAUAUUUCCGUAUGGCAGUAAUUAACCCUGGUGAUCCGAAAAACCGUGAAAAUGAAUGGGGGUGGCAUUAUGAUUGGCGGUUUUUCAAUGGUGCCUUAAAUUAUGAAAAACCCAAUUGGAAUCAACAAGAAUUAACUCAUCGUACUAAUAUCAUUUUGGAUAGACUAUUACGUAAUUGGUCCAAAUUUGCUAUGGAAAAGGGGAUCAUUACCUGGAUUAUGCAUGGUCCAUUAUUAUCUUGGUAUUGGAAUGGAUUAUUGUUCCCAUAUGAUAAUGAUAUUGAUAUUCAAAUGCCUAUUGAUGAGUUAGUCAAUUUGGCGAAAAACUAUAAUCAAACAUUAGUUGUUGAAAACCCAAGUGAAGGUUAUGGGAAAUAUUUAAUUGAAGUUAACACUUAUUUCCAUAACCGGGGGAUCUCAGUUGAACAAAAUCAUAUUGAUGCUAGGUUCCAUGAUGUUGAUUCUGGGAUCUAUAUUGACAUAACAGCAUUGAGUAGCUCUAAUGCUGAAGUCCCUGGCGAAUAUAAACAGGAAAAAACCAUUAAAUUGAUUGAUGAUUUAGCUAAACCACAUUCAAAUGAAGACAAAGGAGAACAAAUAAAUUCAGAAAACCAAUUGAUCUUCAAUGAUAGACGUAAACAUUUUUAUAAAAUAGACCAGAUUUCUCCAUUGAAAUUUACCAUGAUGCAAGGAAUCCCUGUAAUGGUACCUAAUCAAAUCACCAAUCGUUUACAAUUUGAAUAUUCAAAAGGAUUAAAUUCUUUGGAAUUCGAUGAUUGGUUUUACAUUAAACAACUUAAUCUUUGGAUUCACAAAGAUAAUAUAAUACCUAUUUUGAAUGAUCAAACUAAAACUUCAAAAGAAGAUAUUUUGAAGCAAAUCCAACCCCCAUCAUCAUUAUCCAAUGAUCAAAUAUUGAAAUUAUUGAAUAAUGAAGAAAUUUUACAAGAAUACUAUUUGACGAAAUCGUUGACUAGAUUCCAUGAUUUUGAAAAACAAAUUUUAUUUGAUGAUAAUGGAAAUGAUAAACCAAUAGAUCUAAUAAAAUAUAAAACUUAUAAAAAGGGAUUGAAAAUGGUUAAACCAUUGAGAAAAGCAUUAUAUGAAUAUGAAAAUAUUGAAAGAAUAAAGCAUCAUCAUUAG